CUAAUAUAAUACUUUUCUUCUGCCCUCGUGCUGCCUUCGUCGUGGUCCACUACGGGCAUGUUGAUGAGCCACUCCGCCUUGUAAUUAUUUAAUGCUCUUCUCUCCCUCCCCGUAAAGCGAAGUGUCAACUGCACUCUCCUUGUGGAUCGGAGGGAGUUUCAACUCUCCAUCCACUCCAAGCUUUUUCCAAUUAUAAAACUACUCUUUCCCCCCUCUCUCUCUCCGUCUGGCGUUUCUCCUGUGCCUUUAUUUCGAGUUUGGAUGUGUCCAAUUGCGACGUUGGAAAAAAAACUGAAGGAUUUAGGAUUUAGCAGGUAAAGCCUCGUUCGGAGUUACUGUUGUUGGUGGUGGAUGAGUUUUUAGGCUGCUCAGGAUUUUUAGCUCGGCUCCCCCUUCCUCUGUUUCUUGCCGACUACAUGGAUUCUGUGGCAGAUGCCAUGGGCUUCAGCAGCAGCAACAGGUACGACGACCACCGGUUCGUCACCUCGAAUUUCGUCAAGCGCAGGAGGACGAAGCGGCGGGCAGCGCCGGGCGCCACGGUCGGGCCUGACUCUUCCGUCUCGUCGGCGGAGAUUUCAAGUGGCACCGCCGUCACCGAGGAAGAUGAGGACAUGGCCAAUUGUCUGAUCCUCCUCGCUCGGGGAGGCGCGACGACGCCAACGGCUUCCGAUGCCUACCGGUGCAAGACGUGCAGCAGGUGCUUCCCCUCCUUCCAAGCCCUCGGCGGCCACCGCACCAGCCACAAGAAACCCAAGACGGUGGCCCUCCAUGACGCCGCCGAUGAAACACAGGUCCACCAGGUGGCCGCCGCCGGUGCCUUGAUCACGAGGCCGGCCGCGACUGCAACGAGCAACGACGACGCUGCUGCUGCCGCCGGAAACAAGCCGAGAGUUCACGAGUGCUCGAUAUGCGGAGCGGAGUUCUCGUCCGGCCAGGCGCUGGGCGGACACAUGCGGCGGCACCGCCCGUUGACGGCCCCAGCAGGGACGCAGCAAAUCAUCAAGCAAGACAAGACCGUCAUCCCCCUGGAUCUCAAUCUCCCAGCGCCGGCCGACGACGACGGCGAAUUAGACAAUAUAACAGAGUCCCCCGCCGUGCCCUUCCCCUUUGAGACCCGGCGACCGCUUGUUUUCUCGGCGUCGUCUCUGGUGCGCUGCCAUUACUAAUCAAGCAACACUCAUCAUAUGCAGCCAUUUCCUCUGUCUCCUUCCUUAAUUAUCUGAUACCAGAUAUCAGCAAAAAUUGUGAAUUCAAUAUGCAUCUCCACAAAACACGAGUGAUUCUUUCAAUUCAUUAAUCGAUGUUCUCUAUGUUCUCACCACAAACUGGAAAUGCAAUCGAGUAAUUUUUAAUUAUUAUUAUUUU